AUGAUAGAGGUGUUGAAUGCGACUGCGAUGCAGAGCAAUGCCGAUAACAUGUCGCGACUAGAACCUGAGGCUAUGGACUUUGCCCCGUCGCUAGCGGUCUCCUCUUCAGCGCCCAACCUGGAGCAGGCCGACUCGGACACGCUGCUCAGCUUCAGACAGACGGACUGUACGUUUGGGUGUUGUGUAUGUUAAUGUUGUACUGUUAAUCUGUCUUCUGCUCAAUAUUAUUCUAUUUCUUAUGCUUAUUUCAGGAAAACUAUUGCAAAAAUGUAAAGAUAAUUAUAUUUCUUACUUUUUGCUGGGGUGUAGUAGUUAGUAGUAUUUAAAAAAGAUGAUGAAACGUUAACAUUAGAUUUGUGACUCUUGAAACAAUGCCAAAAGCAUAAAAAAUUAAAAGCCUCAAUUGUGAAGCCAUCUCCAACAUUUUGUAACCCGCUUUGUGCCACGGGUAAGGUGCAAUACACUGGCAAUUUGAAGAUGGACAGACUCGCCUCGGGUGUAAAAACAAGUGAUAAUACAAAAGCUACUCUCCUUCCUUUACUUUUCAGUCUUUGUUGUUGACACUCCUUCACAGGUGUGGAGAAGAUUUAAUCGGGCCAAAUCCGGCGGGCCAGGGCGGCCUGGCCUGCCCGUCGGAUUUGUGAUUGUAUGUGUGAAUUUAGUGUUGGCAUCUACUUGCCCGGCUGUCUCCCUUUCGUCUUCGCCGCCAAUUUCCGAGUUUUGUGCGCGGAAAAUGAACGUGACUGACUUUAUCUAUCCCUCCCAACAUAUCCAGAGGUCUCUCUCCGUCUCUUUCCAACAACAACAAAGUGCUCAUUCAGCUUCGUUUCAGUGAGCUCCACGCCCAGCCACGAUGCCAACGAGCCGGUGAACUCGGCUUCUGAUGAUUUGCGCAGUCCCCGGCCUCAGAAUCCGACCAAUAUGAAUCCGGAGUACGAUCUCAGGUUGGUUGCAAGCUUAGUACAAUAUAUACACACAUUUACUUUGAUCUUGCUUAUGUGGGCUAAAAAACUACUCUAAUGUCUACUACAACAUUCAACUUUAACAACUAGGAAGUGCACUUUAGUACAAUCUCAGCUUGUGUAUGUAAACAAGCUGAGGUCUGAGACAAGGCGUUUACUCAUUAUACAUUGUCAGUACAUAUAGGCAAGGCGUUUACCAUUAUAUUACACUUGGUUGUGGCUCUUGACUGUGGGGGCGGCAGGUUGUCCGGGAAACCGCCACUUUCAAGCAUUGUUUUCGAAAAUUCAAAUCUCUUUGUCUUUUCCUCUGAAUUCGGCUACUGAAGCGCGGCAUUGCGAAAUUAAGCACGAUCACACAGCUUUCAUCGAUUUUUUAAUGUAGCGGAGGGGGGGGCUGCGUGAUGACAUUAAGAAAAAUGUAUGGUUACUUUGUGUAAAUGAUGUUAUAUUUUAAAAUAACGUCAAUUAUUUUAAAAGAAAUUAUGAGAAAUUUGCAUAUUUUUGUAAAUUAUCGACUUAAAGUUAAGUUGAUCAACAGUAACUAUUUAAAAAGUAUGUCAUUUUAAAAAAAUAUAUUAUUAUAUCCACUUUUUGACCAUUAAACACUAAGUUAAGCCUAAAAUUAGCCUUAGAAUCAACAUUUACGAGCCUAAAAGUAGCAUUUUAUUGCGACAGAACAGCUAUAUAACGAUCGGAACGGCCAGCCGAGAGUGAUCGUACUUUGGGAACACCUUUGAACUUAAGGAGGAGCGGCUCUCUGUUUUUUCGAGAGUAAGCGAGGUCUCUAAAGGUCAUUCGAACUGUCUUGCAAGACGAGAAACGGAGCGGCACCGCUUGGUUCAGACGUUUUCUUUCGAGUGGGGAUGGACAUGAGGUGACGAUCUUCCAUUACUUUUUGAUCGGGUUUCUGGAUCUGUGUCAUCUCUGUUACAAGGUCUGUGUCAUCUUGAGUGUUGGACCGGGUUUCAUUCAGCUCUGAGGGUUUUUUGGCUAUUUUUUUUAAUUUAUGGUAUGAUACGGUCAGUUUUCCAUAGUAAAAUCAUUAAAAUCUCUUCUUAUUUUUUGGAUUUUUAGAGUUAUUGCUAUAGUAGAUCGUAUACAGUUUGAUUUUUUGUCAUAAAUUGUUCAAAAUGGAUUUUGAAUUACUAUAUAUUGCUUGUUUUACAGCUUGAUAGUACAAUUUAGUAUCAUUAAAUAACUUUUUGGAAAUAAACAUUACCCCUAUCUAACCUUCCUUAAGAUAGCCUUCUAAUUGCUGACGCAUAAUUCGGAAACGCGGUAUUAAGGGGGUUGAGAACAUUCUCAAAGGUCAUGUAUCAUUAUCGUAGGUUUAGUUCCGUCGUAUUGUAAGUUCUUGUUGGGGAAUUGGUUUUGGAGGAGUAAGGGUAGGAUAUUACUUUCUAUUAUAUGCAUAUACCUAUAUCAACCAAAUCUCUUUUUAAACAAAUGAAAGAUUAGGCGUUACAAUAUAAACAUAAUUUUAUCCUCAACUUUUCACUCAAAUUAACAUAGCUAAACCCUAUGUAAAGUUUACGUCUUGAGAUGUGUAUAUGUAUAUCCUUGUGUUUAUUUGGAAACUGCAGUUUUGGUUUGCCAUUGCUUUAACAAGGUUUAGACCCGGGGCUGCCUUCGUUUGCGCCAGACGAUAAAACUCGAACGCCCUGAGGGGAUACGGUGCCGGACCUUACAAUGGACAGGUGUUUUUAGCUGACCUCGACAAAGAAUGGCUCCAUUUCAUUCUGGAAAAGGGCUUUCUUGUUUGUUUUUGAUAAAGUUUUAACAAGAUUGGAAUUUUAAGGUGAUAAGGGGUAAAUUAAAAGUGUAAAUCUGAAUACAAUUAGUGUAAAAUUAGGUAACACUUCUAGUUUAUAGCUCAAUUUCGAUAUACUCAAUUGCCAUUACAGUUUGAAAAGGCUAAAAACAAGCAGCCGAAUUUGUUUUAAAUUUAGCUUGCGACGCGUGCAAGAAUGGACAACGUCGUGGGCAAGAGAGCGACCAGCACCGCGACCCUUCACCCCAAAAACCGACCUACCGACCGCUCCCUUCGCUUCUUCAUUUGCAGAUAUCGGGGGUGCGCGAGGGUCCAGCUGAAGGGACCCUAUUCUGGGAAAAGUAUUGUGGUCGAUUGCCCCGAUGCGUCCCCCCCCCCCCCUCCCGUGCCUCCUCCCCUCACUUCAAACUCUUUCGCACAGCUCCUUCUGCCCACUCUCGAUGGCUACUCUCGAGCACAUUUUCGAUCAAUUUUUAUUCACUUUCUUUAAUUAAAGCAUAUCCCUUGGACUUUCGGGCUUUGUCGUGCUCCAUUGGACUGCACGUCUCAUUAGGUUUAUCAAGCCGUUCAGUCCGGCGUUCUUUUCUGACAUAAUAACGCUUUUUCGCAGCAGAAUGUCGCAACUUUCCUUUUCCUUGGUAAAAACAUCUUUAAUGGUAUUUAAGCAUGCUUAUGUUCUAAGGCGUAGAAAGUAUAUCAAAUUCAUCGUUUGUUGAUGAAGUUAGUAUCAUUCUUUUACUGAUUUUGUUGUAUCCUAAUAAUCUUUAUGCAAAUUUACAUUUUUAUUCUGAAUUUUGCCAUUUUCUAACGAUUGCAAGUCCAGAACCAAGUUUGAACUUGAUAUUUGCAAUUGAUAACCUCCAGAAUGUUGCUUUAGACUGUUUUUAUGACCGUACUUGACGUCAGAAGGGGUUUCAGAUGGUCUUCGACCAUUUUACGACUGGUCGUUCUUUCUGUUGGACUUGUGACUCAAGAUAACUUUGCUUAUCACAUUUUGUGACUCAGCCGUCUCUCCCGCCGUCUUCCCUUUACCCGUAUCGUGGAGUUCCGUUUGAAUGACCUGGUUACCUUAUUCGACCCUUUCUGGAGCGAAGAAGUUGUAGGUAUCCACAAUGUUCAUGUGGUUUUGUAGGGUUUGGUUAAAUUUGGGGUUCGAGGAUGAAAUUCGAAUUACGGUGGAUUUGAGGGUGAUUUUGACCAGGUUUGAAAGGUUUUCUUUAGUUGGAAUGUAAUUAUUUGAGAAAGUUUAAAAUGAAGUUUACAGUGUAAAAACAUUUUUUGUGACAAUUCUAACAUGAUAUAAGAAGGAAACCUUUAAAAAUAAUUUUAAAAUUUACUCCUUCAAAUCUUUUUUUCGUACGAAAACGUAUCUCAUCACCGUUAAAAUGUGUUUGUUGGGCCGCGUAACAGCCACCGGACUGGACUGGUUUUAAGACUAGAGUCAGAGGGGGGGGCGAAAACACUUGAACAAUAAUGGUCAUUUACAUGGUCACAAACAUGACAAAGGUUUCAUGUGACGUUCUUUUGUUGUCGCAACGUUCCAAUUCACUUUACAGCGUGUUACACUUUCUUUUUUAAACUUUGCCUGCAGGGUUAUAGCUACUUUUAUGAACUUGGUUACCUUUUGGGAAACAUCGGAGGUCAGGGGGUUGUUUUAAUAAGUUUUAAUACUAUUUGUAUUUUACUUAACAAUUUUAAACUUAUUUUAAGCUUUUAGUUCUUUCUUAUCAUUUUUUGUAAGUGGGGGUCACUUUAGAAGUAGAAAUCCAGUUUUUAAAGGGGACGGUCAUUUCUUUUUACACUUUUUAUAAAAAAAUGAAAAAACGUAAGAAAUAACUUUUACUUUUCACACCCAAUCCUAUAAGCACCCAGUUCCAGCUAAGCAAACAUGUACUUAGCUUUGGGGAUUCCCACAUAGAUAACAUACCACGGAGAUACGAUUAAAGAAUAAUUCUGGACAGUAAUACUAAUCUGUGGCGGCCGACGAGCGAAAGGCUUGUCGCCCGACUAACUCAUUCCGCUUUUGGAGCGAAAACCCAAGGCCAUAAGCGAGACAAGCCGACCCCUUUCUGCCAGCCGUCUUCCUUCUUUUAACUGUCGAGCUGCGCACGCUUUUAAGGCAGGGUCUUCCCAGGGCUCUUCUGGCCUCUCAUCUGGGCCAAGAUUUUUGUUAUUGCUUCUUGUACUUUACUUUUGUUUUGUCUUCGAUUACAGGCAGGUAGGGAUUGUCAUGUUGUGAUAGCUCCACCGGACGUGAUGUGAUGGGGAUUUGACUUGUCAUUGGUUAGUAUACCCUUUUACAUAGUAACAGUAAAUGAUAUGAGUAGUUAUUUUAUAUUAUACUGAACUGUAAAUUUAAAAAGCAAACAAUUACUUGUUCUACCGUAUCUCAAGAACAUGUUUUGCCAUAUUACAGUACCUUCUUUAAACAAAAACACUUCCACUAUCGUUUUAUAUAACACUACUCGUCCUUAAUAUGAUAUAUCAACAUACGAAUGCCGUUUAACUCUGUAUCUUCGAAACAUACGAUGCUGUCUGACACCACAGUAUUCUUUGAUAGUCUUUAAACGUUGUGAAUGCCAUUCUGAAUUCAAUUAUGUUAUACUGUCGAGGAUUCAUUAUGUCUUCUCUCCGUCGUAUGUUUGCUCGGAAGGGUUUCAACGGAUUCAGAAGAGAUUCGGAUCUCUUCGGAAGCACCUGAUUGCCUUCAAAUGAGCCGCCGUUCUUCUUUCCCUUUCUUAAUUCGGUCGGUAAUUACAACGCCCCCCCCCCGCCCCUUAUCCAUCUUAUCCACCACUGACCUUUGCUAUGUUUGUUUACUGACCACAGUUUCCACGGGAUUCUGACCAUCGAUUGACGUUGUUAUUAUACUUUAAAGUUGCUAUUAUUACAUUAGUUUAUUGUUUUGUUGUUGUUGCUUAUUGAUCUACCACAAUAUGUAAUUGUAAAUUAUUUGACGCAGCAUUUAACCGUUUUAGUAGAUAGUUAUGUACACAUACAUAGUCAUGUUCAAAAAGUUAUAUAGAUGUAAAUUUCUUAAAAAUGAAUUUCCAGGUCUGCGGCUUCAUCGCAGAACGCGCAAGCCAAGGAGAACCUCAGCAAAGACGGGUCCCAACAGCCAGAGGGGGAGAAGUCAGACGACGCUUCGGCAGUCCAAAAACCCAGCCCCACCGACGACGCCACCAUUACCGCUUCUGUGGCCAUCUCCGCUCUCCCGCCCCCGCCCGCAGGCGUGGUUGGGGCCGGGCUGAAUGGAGCCACCACCUCCUCGGCCAGCUCGUCCAGUUCAGCCGCCUCGGCAGCGAACCAGAACUUCAAAGGGAACCGCGCGGACGAAGCAUUGCGGAUAUUCGGCUCCAAACUCACACCGUAUGAACACACAGAGAUCUACAACUUCAGCCGGGUCUACUUUGUCGGUUCGCAGGCCAAUAAACGUGGAGGCAAUCCAGGUGCGGCCAACAACUCGGGGUACGACGAUGAGAACGGCAGCUACCACCUGGUACCCCACGAUCACAUCGCCUACCGCUACGAGAUUCUGAAAAUCAUUGGAAAAGGCAGCUUUGGACAGGUAAGGGUCUUACGAUGCGAAGUAACUAAAUUUUGGUCAAAAAGUUUGUAGAAUACUAUUUUUUAAUUAGUUUCGACUAAAAUAUUACUCCGUAUAAUCUUUGUUUACAUUUUGGCCCCAACUAGUAUCAUAAUGCCACAAAAACUGAAUAUUGAUAUAGCCAUUAGAUUAAGAAAUAUUAUUUCCAAUUACAGUAAUCUCUUGUUUUGCAUAACAAAACAGGUUAAUUGUGACAUUAAUUAUGGACUCCUUCAGGUAAUCAAAGCCUUCGACCACAAACGUCAAGAGUUCGUGGCACUAAAGUUGGUGAGAAACGAGAAGAGAUUCCACAAACAGGCAGAAGAGGAGAUCAGAAUCCUCGACCACCUACGUCAACAAGACCUCGAGAACGUGCACAACGUCAUCCACAUGCUGGACCACUUCAACUUCCGGAACCACAAGUGUAUCACGUUCGAGUUGAUGAGUAUCAACUUGUACGAGCUCAUCAAGAAGAACAAGUUCCAUGGCUUUAAUCUUACUGUAAGUCUUGUUUGACCUUACGUCAUCAGAAGUUAAUAUGCAUCUUGUAGUAGUUCUGAUUAGUCAAAAAUCAAUAACUAUUAAAAAUAACUAAAAGAACAAUAGUAAUCUUACUGUAACUUGCAGCUAGUCAGAAAGUUUGCGCAUUCGAUGCUGCAAUGCUUGGAUCUACUACAUCGAAAUCGGCUGAUUCACUGUGAUCUGAAGCCGGAGAAUGUGCUACUGAAGAACCAGAACAGGAGUAGCAUCAAAGUCAUCGAUUUCGGGUCAUCGUGUUUCGAAAACCAACGAAUCUACACAUAUAUACAGUCUCGUUUCUACCGUGCUCCCGAAGGUACGUUCUUUAUUUGGUUUUUGCGUUUAGAAGUAUGUAAACUUACUACCAUGUUAGCUACAAAAGCUUCCAUACCGUAAUCUUUAACCAUUCAUGUACCGUAUUACAAUUUUACAUUACAGUAAUCCUCGGCUCCCGCUACAACAUGCCAAUUGACAUGUGGUCCCUCGGCUGUAUCCUGGCCGAACUCCUAACCGGGUACCCACUAUUACCAGGAGAAGACGAGAACGACCAGCUAGCUCUCAUCGUGGAGCUACUGGGCUCUCCGCCAGCCAAGAUUCUGGAGUCAGGGAAACGGACGAGGAACUUCUUCUCCUCCAGGGGACAUCCUCGCUACUGUCAGGUGACACAAUUAAUGGACGGAUCAGUGGUGUUAGGAGGGGGACGGUCGAAGCGAGGCAAGAUGCGAGGACCGCCUGGAUCGAGGACGUGGAAUCAGGCUUUGAAGACCAUGGUAAGGAUUUAGAACAUAGUUUAAAAGCUAUUUUUGGUAAUUUACAAGUUUGGAAUAACUCAUUUUACAUUAUCAUGCAGUGUGUACUGUAUGACAAAAAUGUUAAAAGUAAUUUAAGACUCGGUUAACGUAAAAGUUUAAUUUUUUGACCGGAAAAAGAAAGCUUUGCCCUUUUCCGAUACCUAAUCUUUAGUAAUUUAUUUACGUUUUUUGUGUAUUUUUAAUAGAUUUACUUUCUCAUGCACUUGUGGGAAUAUAAUUUGCAAAACAGUUUGUCUUUCUCAGCUAAAACAUCAUUUAAAACAAGGUUCAGACCACAGAAAUUGGCAUAAUUGUGUCUUGACCUGCUGCUAUACAUACCUUGACAAAAAAAACAUAAAAGAACUAUUUACAGAGAUAUAUUGUACCACUAAAAGUUAAGGUUUUAUAUUGUGUUAGGCUUCUAGAAAUCAAGAAUUCAAUUAAAAAUGUCAAUAAUGUUAAACUCGAGACCUAACCAAACCAUUUCAGGGCGACGAGCUGUUCACAGACUUCCUGAAGCGCUGCCUCGACUGGGAUCCUGACCUCAGGAUGACACCUCAGCAGGCCCUGAAGCAUCCCUGGCUGCGGCGGCGGUUACCCCGCCCGCCCACUAACGGGGAUUCGGCCAGUUCGGCGACGGCCAGCAGCGAAAACCUAAUCAGCAACAGCUUCAGGAUAUCGGACUAA